AGGGAGGAGUGGACUUCCUGUGUCAUGGCGCUGGUGCUUUACUGAGAGUCCCCCGCUGAUAGACCAUCUUUUUUUGUGUGUGACCCCUACACACUGCAGGCUGCAUUCACAGGAUCCUCGGAGACCCUCAAGCCACGCAAUGGACCCAGUGACCUUUGAGGAUGUAGAUGUGAACUUCACGAUAGAGGAGUGGGCUUUGCUGAAUCCAUCCCAAAAGAAGCUCUACAGAGAUGUGAUGUGGGAAACAUUUGAGAAUAUGACUGUUAUAGGAAGAACCUGGGAUAACCAGCAAAUUGAACGAAUGUACAAAAAUUGCUCAAGGAAUCUAAGAAAUGAAGAGGUAGAAAAUUACUAUCAACGUAAAGGUUGGAAACAACAGGAAGAAAUAUCCCUUUGGACACCAGAUGCUAAUGGGGACAGGCAACAAGCUCCUUUACCUGACAGCCUUGCUUGUAAAACGCCCCUGAUUGGGCAUUUGACCCUAAAUGUGCCCAUUAUAGCUCACACUGGACUGAAGUCAGAUGACUAUUUGGGAUUUGAGGAGAAACUAUAUAAAUGUAAUGAUCAUGGAAAAACCUGCAGUGAUUUCCAGUCCUUUCAGAAGCAUACAAGGACAAAGACUGGAGAGAAACCCUAUCAAUUUGAGCAAUGUGCAAAAGCUUACUCUGACCUUAGUGAAAGACCUCAACCUGGAGAGAAAACCUCUGUAGGUAAGAAAAGUGUGAAAGCCUCCAGCAUACCCAGUGGUGUUCAAAUCCAUAACAGAAAGCACAGUGAGGGGAAUCCAUUUGUAUGCAAACAAUGUGGGAAAGCUUUUUUUUCUUCAUACCAUAUUCAAAUACAUGAAAGAAAACAUGCUGGGGAGAAGGCCUAUGUAUCUAAGGAAUGUGUGAAAGCAUUAGCUCAUAGUAAUUCCUUUCAUAGACUUAAAAGUAUUCACACUGUGGUGAAACCUUAUGUACGUAAACAGUCUGGAAAAGCAUUUAUUGUACAAAGUAAUCUUCCAUGUGAGAAAUGCUAUGUGUGUAAGCAAUGUGGAAAAGAAUUCACUGAUAAAUCCACAUAUCAUAGACAUACGAGAUCACACACUGGUGAGAAACCCUAUGUAUGUAAGCAAUGUGGGAAAGCAUUCCGCACACACAGUCAUUGUCAAAGACAUGAAAGUAGUCACACUGGGAAGAAACCCUAUGUAUGUAAACAUUGUGGAAAAGCAUUCACUACACAGAGUUGUUAUGAAAUACAUGAAAGAAGUCACACUGGUGACAAACCUUAUGUAUGUAAGCAAUGUGGAAAAGGAUUUACUAAUAAAUCCACAUAUCAAAGACAUACAAGAUCCCACACUGGUGAGAAACCCUAUAUAUGUAAGAAAUGUGGGAAAGCAUUCAACAGACAAAGUCACUGUCAAAGACAUGAAAGAAUUCACACUGGGGAGAGACCCUAUGUAUGCAAACAAUGUGGGAAAGCAUUCACUACACACAGUUAUUUUCAAAUACAUGAAAGAACUCACACUGGGGAGAAACCCUAUGUAUGUAAGCAGUGUGGGAAAUCUUUCAGCCAACAGACUAACUGUCAUGUACAUGAAAGAAUUCACACUGGGGAGAAACCAUAUGUAUGUAAGCAGUGUGGAAAAGGAUUUGCUGAUAAGUCCACAUUUCGUAGACAUAGAAGAUCCCACACUGGUGAGAAACCUUAUGUAUGUAAGCAGUGUGGGAAAGCAUUCAGCACACUCAGUCAUUGUCGAAGACAUGAAAGUAUUCACAAUGGAGAAAAACCCUAUAUAUGUAAACAGUGUGGGAAAACAUACACUACACAACAUUAUUUUCAAAAACAUGAAAGAGGUCAUACUGAGGAGAAACUUUAUGUGUAUCAGUAAUAUGAGAAAUCUUCAACCAGCAGAGUACUGGUCAAACGUGAAGGAAUUCACACUGGGAAGAAGCUCUAUGUAUGUAAGCAAUGUGGGAAAGUAUUUUGUAUACAAAAGUGCCAUCAAAUACGAAAGAAAGCACACUGGGGCAAACUAUCUAAGCAGUGUGGGAAAAGAUUUGAUGUAGGCUCUUCAUUUAUUAGACAGAAUUCACUGGGGAGUAACUAUGUAUGUAAGGAAUAUGGGAAAAAAUUCAGCUGAUACAGUAUCAAAUACAUGAAUGAGGUCACACUGAGGAGAAAGUGUAUGAAAGCAAUGUGGGAAAGCAUUUGGCAUAGACGGGUAUUGUCAAAUGCAUGAAAGAAGUCACAUUGAGAAGAAAACCUGUAUAUGUAAACCUAUUUUGAAAAUCCUGUGAGAAUUACUCAUGUAGUGGAAACUGUAGAAAUAAUAUGAACAUUUUGAUAUCGAUAUUUCUUCAUUAAUUUUCUAGAAAAUACACUCCCAGAUGGAGAUAUCCUAAAGUGCAUUCAUUCUGUGUUUUUCAGUAAAUCACUUGUAAAUAUUUGAACUAUGUAUCUGUGGUCUUUAGUAUAAAAAAAAUUGAGCUGACAUAAUCAUAUAUUUUGGUGUAUGCCAGUGUCUUUGAGCAUAACAUAGUGUCUCCUAAUUAAACAAGGUUAAUUGAAGUGUAUUUUUCAGUUCCAAGUAGGGUUAGUAUUUAUGUAGUAUUUAUUUUGUUUUGUUUUUACAAUUGGGAGGAAUAGAUCACUAAAAAGUAAAUUGUGUUAAUUGUGGGUUUUUUGUGUUUGGGGGUUUUUUUUGGUACCUGAGAUUGAACUCAGGUCCUUGUGCUUUCAAGGCAGGCAGGCAGUGGAACCACUGAGCUAAAUCCCCGCCCCCCAGUUGUGUUUUAAUUGUUAGGAUUUCCCACUAGCUUUAAUUUAAAUUUUGUUGGUGUAUACACUCCAUAUCCUGUGUAAUAAUAAAUUUUUAAAUUUGAUAUAUUUUAUAGAGAGAGGCUUGUGAACGUGUUUUUGACAAAUGUUGUUUUCACACAACUUGUAUAUUAGCAAUAUUGUAUUUUUCAUAUCCUGACAAAACACUUGCAUAUAUCUCAAAAUAAUUGUAUAUUAUAUCAAGUACAUUAUUUUGCCUGGUUGCCUUCAUGUUGGAGUCAAUAUUAUGAUUUUCAUAAAACUUUUACUUACCAUCAAAAUCUUAUUUUUAUGCCUAAAUGAUGAUGACUUUUAAUUUUGUGGUAAUUUUCCAACACCUGAUCUAAAAAUAAACCAUACUGUUGUGAAUGUCUGAUUGCCACAGGUCAGCAAGAACAUAACUUGUUUGAAAAUGGAUAUCGUGAAUUGUAGUAAUAAAUCUCUCCAAAAGGUAUAAGUGAUGGAAUGAUUUAUCAGUAACAACAUUAUCAAAGAAAUUUUUGUUCACAGUGAAGUUGUUUUGGGAAGGAUAAUUAUUGGUUGUGGUGAGGCAAAUGCCUUUACUCUAUUCCUUGAUGCUGGGAUUGACAUUCUCUUUGGUAAUCAAUAACUAAGAAGAUGAAAAAAGGCCAUGAAGGAAAAGAAACAGUAAGUUUAAUAAAAAGGAAAUUUACCAC